CCUCCGUGCCCCGUCCGUUUCCUCUUCGUUACUCCCUCUCUCUCGACCGACGCCGCCGCCGCGUCGACAAAGUCCGUAAGGGCGUCAACUGAUCGGCGGCAGCCAUGAGUAAGCUCCAAAGUGAUGCUGUCAAGGAUGCCAUCACCCAGAUUGUUGGGGAGGCCAGAGAAAAGAAACGCAAGUUCACUGAGACUGUGGAGCUUCAGAUUGGUCUCAAGAACUACGACCCACAAAAGGAUAAACGUUUCAGUGGCUCUGUGAAGCUGCCCCAUAUCCCCCGCCCAAAGAUGAGGGUGUGCAUGCUUGGUGAUGCCCAGCACGUCGACCAGGCUGAGAAAAUGGGACUUGACUACAUGGAUGUUGAAAGUCUUAAGAAGAUGAACAAGAACAAGAAGCUUGUUAAGAAGCUAGCCAAGAAGUACCAUGCUUUCCUGGCAUCAGAGGCCAUAAUCAAGCAGAUCCCUCGUCUCCUUGGCCCUGGUCUUAACAAGGCAGGCAAGUUUCCCACUCUGGUAAGUCACCAGGAAUCUCUUGAAGCCAAGGUGAACGAGACAAAAGCUACAGUCAAGUUCCAGCUAAAGAAGGUUCUUUGCAUGGGUGUUGCUGUGGGCAACUUGUCGAUGGACGAGAAGCAGAUCCAACAAAACAUCCAAAUGAGCGUCAACUUCCUUGUGUCCCUCCUGAAGAAGAACUGGCAGAAUGUGAGGUGCCUGUACGUGAAGAGCACCAUGGGGAAGCGUGUACGGGUGUUCUAAGUUGGUGUGCUCCAGUGGCUGUCCUGUCGACCCGAGCUUGUCUUUGGAUUAGAUCUGUUUCACUGAUACCAAUUUUGUGUUUACCUAAGCGAACAUCAACAAGUAUUUUAUCUUGUUAGUCUUUUGUUGAACAGAAAUCAUGGGAGCAAUAGAACUGCAUUUUCUGUUAA